AUGGAUUAUAAUUAUGACAGCGAUUCAGAUUACGUGACUGAUGAAUCUAGCUCUCUUUCAGAGGAAGAUUAUAAGAUUUAUAAAUAAGUAGAAGUGGACUAGAUUAAAAAAAAGCAUUAAAACGAAAUUGUUAUUCUAAUAAGUAAUGAUAAAAAAAAUCAAGAUUUAAGAUAUCAUGCUGAAAAGAUAAGAGAUGUAGUUUUCAAAAUAAUAGACGACAACGUUAGUGAUGAAUACUAUUGUAAACUCAUUUCUUCAUUUAAGAAUAUCAGAUCUAUUAAAUUUGAGCGUGAUUUAUAAUUUUUGACUUGCACCAAAUCAAUAUAGCUAGCUUAUAAUAUGCUUAGAUGUAUUAAUUUGUCCUAAAUACAGGAAAUAAAUUUAAGCCUACCUAUCAAAGAAAAGUAUACUGAAUAAUUUAGUACAGAAUAAUAGUAGAAUGUAGUUUGGGAUGGAGAUGAUGACAUUAUGUAGGAAGAAGGAGAUAAAAACAAAAAGAAGUCUAAUUCUAAAAAAAACAAAGAGUAAUAGCUGAUUGAAAAAGAAAAAAUGGUCAGGGCAAAUAAAUAUGAAUUAUUUUAAAAUAUAUUGAAACUAAUACAAAGUUCAUGUUUUUAACUAAAAGAGUUAACUUUAAUUAUGAAUUCAUGGUAUAGUGAUGACUCAGCAACAAAUAAUUUUCAGAAUGUUUUUGAUUUGCUAGAGGCUAUUCUCAAAAAUAAUGCUAAUUCUAUUUAAGCUUUUCAUCUAAAUGCCUUUUAGUGGGGUUUCUAUAAUAGAAACUUCACAUCAAAUAACUUCGAUCAGAUAGUUGAAGCUCUAAUGAAAAUAAAUCCAUAAAAUUUUUAGGAACUAACUUUAGAUUUUGGUAGAUGGGGAUGUGAAGAAUAUAAAAACUAUAAAAUAUUUAAGGAUUAAAGUGUGAUCUAAUUAUCUUAGGCCCUUUCUAAUUUUAAAAAUUUAACUUACUUAUAACUGAAUUUUAGAAGUUGGGCAUAUGAUAAUGAAUCUAUUACUGACUUAUCUAUCCUUUCUCUCUUUAACUCAAUUCAAUGCUUAUAAAAGUUAAUAGUCUUAAAUAUUGAGGUUUCAAGGUGGAAAUAUCAGAAUAAAUGUAUCACAAUAUAGAGUAUUAAGCAAAUUGGAGCAACAUUAUUAUGUUUAAAGAAGUUAAAACUGUUGGCACUUUCACUCAAGACGUCCAUUAGUCAACUUUAUUCAUUCCAUCUCUCAGGAGAGAACCAAAAAUAAUCAUUGAAGACUACUAUUACCACUGUUUGGCAUCAUAACUUAUAAAAAUUAAGGAUCUUUAAACCAAAAAAAUAAUAGACAAUAAAAAAUUAUUGUAUUCAUUUAAAGCAAUUCAGGAAUAGUACUCUCAAUAAUUUCGUUAAGAAAUCAUAUGGCAUAUUACAUCUUUAUGUUCUAACUUUGAUUAUUAACUCUUAGAAAAACAAAUAAAAGAAUGUAUGUCUAUUGAAAAUGUAGAUUUUAAUAGGAGCUGGUUUUGAUUUGUCUAUACUCAAGUUAGGUGUUUCCCUUUUAAAUCAAUUGUAAGUAUGCAACAAGAAAAAUGAAUAAACUUUGUAUUUAUAUAAAGAUUCAUUAAAAAUAUUAUCUGUAUCUUUAUAUUCAUAUGUUUAGUUUAAGUAGUUACAAACAUAUUUUACAAAUAUUUGUAAAAAUUACUAGCAAUUAAUAACUAAUUUUUAAGAUUACUUAAAUUAAAUAAAAUUAGUGAGUGAUUCAUCAAAAAUCUUUGAUUGA